UAUUAUGUCCGGAACAAGUUACCGUCAGCGGUAUGGGCAGAGUGUGGCCGUUGCCCAGCCAAUCAGCGGACAGAACCGGGCCUAACGUUACCCAGCGGGACCUUGUACUAAAACGCAAACAUGGCGUCUGUAACCUCAAGCAGACCGUACCAUAUUAUCAUUUUCGGUGCCACAGGGUUCACGGGACAGUUCGUUGUGGAGGAGGUCGCACGAUGUGCCGCAGAGAGUCCCGGCGGUGGCUCUCUGAAAUGGGCCGUGGCCGGGAGAAGCAGACAGCGUCUGGAAGAAGUGUUGAAACAAGCCGCGGGGAGGCUGUCUAUGCCAGAGCUGAGGACGGACAUUGAAAUCAUUGUUGCCGAUGUGUCUAUCGAGGAAUCGCUGGCCAUCAUGUGCCAACAAGGCCUGGUGAUUCUCAACUGUGUGGGACCUUACAGAUUUUAUGGCGAGCCGGUGGUCAAAGCUUGCAUUGCAAAUGGAGCUCACUACAUUGACAUCUGUGGCGAGCCUCAGUUCCUAGAGCGUAUGCAGCUAGAGUACCACACUAAGGCCUUGGACAGAGGAGUGUAUGUGAUUGGCAGCUGUGGUUUUGACUCCAUACCGGCAGAUCUGGGUAUUCUCUAUACACAGAGGCAGUUCAAAGGAACACUGACAGCUGUGGAGAGCUUCCUGAAAAUCAGCAGUGGGUCUGAGGGAAUGUCUGGCCACGAUGCCACUUGGCAGUCUGCUGUGUACGGUUUCGCAGACAGCGGAUCCCUCCGCCAGCUGAGGAAGAAGUUUGGCCACAAGCCGCUGCCUGUGGUGGGAGCCAAAGUCAAAAAGCGGGGCUUUAUGUUUUUCAGCAAGGAGAUCGGGCAGUAUGCCAUCCCAUUUAUGGGUUCUGACCCCUCAGUAGUCAAGAGAACCCAGCGUUUCCUUCAUGAGGAGGAACAGCAGUCACCGGUCCAGUACAGUGCCUACGUCGGGGUCGGUGGCCUCUUCUCAGUAGUUAAGCUCCUAUGCGGUGGCCUGCUCUUCUGGUUCAUGGUCAAAUUCAGCCUGGGCAGGAAGCUCCUCACUAUGUUUCCAUCAUUCUUCUCCUUUGGUUUGUUCACCAAGUCUGGUCCAACCAUGAAGCAGAUAGAAGAUACCUGUUUUAGCCUGACAUUUUUCGGGGAGGGCUACUCAGAGGGUACAGAUCCCACACAGGGCCAACCCAACGCAAAGAUCUGCACUCAGGUCAUAGGAGCAGAGCCUGGUUAUGUAGCUACAGUUUCUGCUAUGGUGCAAGCAGCCAUAACCUUGCUGAAUGAACUGCACUCUCUCCCCAGGAGGGGAGGGGUGUACACUCCAGGAGCCGCCUUCCAUAAAACCAGUCUCAUCGACCACCUCCAUAACCACAGCAUCAAGUUCUCAGUCAGAAACUACCAGUAGCCCUUUAACAGUAUCCGCUUUAAGGGUUGCACCACCUUCAUGUUACAGUAUAUUGUAUUUGUCCACUGGAGAUGUCGCCUGACUCUUUGACCCAGUCAACAUGACCACUUUUUACAGUGAAUGUAACUUUAAAACAAUAAUAAUUUAAUAGAAACUGCGUACAGUGAAUAUUUGACUGUGUAUUUGAUUUUUUAAAAUAUAUUUUUAAUAUAGUUUUCAAUUAAUACCGUAAUAAAGUACUGGAAUGAUACAGGAUGCAGUUGUUUUUAGCUGCUGUUUAGCUGCUAAAUAAUGGACGUCUUCAGUAGGAACUAAUAGGCUUGGGGCUGAGACACAGACUGGGUAAAGCCUGAAAGUAUUGAGAGACGGGCUAACAUGUUUUUGCUUUUGGUCUUUGAUUUUUGCAGUUUUUAUCUCCUCUUCCACAGAGUAUGUUUCUACAGUGGCCAAGAACGGACAAACCAAACACUGGCUGUAGAGAGACCUGCCACUGUAGUUUCUCCUACAUGCUGGGAAGGCUGAGUUGUAUAUAAGUGGCUGCAAUCUGAAACUUCGCCCCUAGAUGCCACUGAAUCUGAUACACUGGUCUUUUAAAUCUUUUUAAAAACUCAUAGGAAUUAUUCUUGUUUACUAAUUGAUAGAUUGUGUCAGAAAAUGCAUCCACACACAUUCCCUUUAUUCAUACAAAUUCCUUAAUUCUAAAAACCUUGAGAGAGAGACCAUCUGUGAUGCUUGAGAAGUUUUUUUCCUAAUAUGAUAUUUUUAUCUUGAUAGACAAAACGGUUGACUUACAAAACAAUGCUUGACCUCAGUAAGUUUAAACAUUUACUUAUUUACCUAAUAAAUAUCCUGUGGUUCACAACUUGUGUGUGCAAACCAGGGAGGCUGCAGUCUUCUUCCUACUUGAACCAAACUUUUUUCUGCCACCAGGUGCCAGUGUUUCUUCUGUUCCUCAUCCCUGACAAAUAUUUACAUGGCACAGCCCCAGACAUGACAGUAGAGGUCAUUUGGUGCCUUUGAGGAUGCAGAGACAGUGCAGAGCCUUAAUUAAAAGACUGCAGGUGCACCAUUAAUAUCUGGAGAAACAGGGACACGUUCACAAGAUUGUUACUGUGAGCUAUUAGACUUCCCAGAUCUGUGAGUAGGAUGUCAAAUAUAAAAAGAGCUGGCAGCUAUUGUUUCUGUUUUUACUCUUUUUCCUCGUGAGUCAUCGUGAGUCUUCUGUGUCUCAUCUGCCUCCCUUCCCCCAGCUGUCACCACCACUCCAAUAAAACCAUACACAGACAGAAAGCUGGUUUUAGCUCUGUGUGUGCAGUGAAAACAGUCUGCUGAUAGAAAAUGUCAGAGGGGUAGUUUCUGUGUUAAAUAGCUCUUAAGUACAGUAUGGUGAGUAGCUGUUGGAGGGGUGGAUUGGGGUGGCAUUUUUGCCGUGUGUCGGUGUACAAGAAUGAGAGGGGGGGAUUGCAGUGGUUUCCCUUUGCGUAGCAGAGAGCAGCCCCACCCCUCUCCCCUACACAUCUCUAGUCUGCUAUUGUGGCUGUACAGAGAUUCAUGUCAUGUCUCACCUUCUCUCCACUCUCCUCCUCCACUGGAUCUGUCGGACUACUGAUCUGUCCACACAGAAAUUUAAAUUUGCGUUAUUGGCAUGAUCAUAAGAAUUCGUCCACUAAAACAUUUGAUUUCAAAAUGACUUACUCCUGGCCUGUUAGUUUUUUAAAAAAUUAUGAAAUAAUUAACCCUUGGUAAUAAGAAAACAAAUAACAUCCCUAAAAUGUCAGUGUGAAACAGGGUUGCUGUAUGAUUCCAGCCUUAAUAUAAAGAAUAGUGGUGAAAGAAAUAUUUCAAUCGUUUACUUAAAUGUACAACAAUCUAAUCAAUUUAAUACUGAUCCCUCUAUAUGACCUACAUCAGCAAAUAUCAGUGGGAAGAUCAGAUAUUUCUAUAUAAUUCUUAAUGCCUCCCACCGGGUUGGAUUCAACCAGAUUCUCAUUGAAAUCAGUUGAAUCAGGGUGGUGGAAACACUACUACUGCUACUUUUAUCCACAGAGGACGCCAGAAUCAACAUAAAACAAAAGCUCCUUGUAGCUGCUUCAAAGGUCCAGUGUGUAUCUGUGGCAUCUAGCGGUGUAAUUGCAGAUCACAACUCUAGUCGCUUCACCUUCUCCUUCCAAGUGAGAAGGAGAAACUACGGUGGCCGCAAAACGUGCAAAAAACACGAAUGUCCCUACAGCCAGUGUUUGGCUUGUCCGUUCUGGGCUACUGUAGAAACAUGGCUGACUCCAUGGAAGGUGACCCGCAGUGUCUUCAGCUAAGGCUCAUUAUAAGGUAACAAAAACACAGCAAUUCCUGAGGUGAGUAUACACUAAUUACUCGCACUGAAAUUGUUAUUUGAGAAAAAAUAUAUAAACUGUACUUUAAGAAACAAAAGGAAAAAUACAGUUUCAUAUUAUUGUAUAAUUGUUUUUUAUUGGAUUAUUAUUAGUGAUGCAUUCAUGCGUAAGCAGCAUUUUACUGUUGGUGGGUAGUUUAAUAUAUAACAAAAGUGCUUUUUAUUUUAUGAGCUUAUCAUAUGAACUGUGUUAAUUGUGUUUAUUUUCCAGUAACUAAAGCUGUUUCCAAUGUAUGAAUAAUAUUUCAGAAUAUAAGAAAUACAGGAAAUAGUUUUUACCAUUUAGCACAAUAUACACUACACAAUACCCAGUAUACUACUCUAUGCAACUACAUGAUACAAUAUACAAUAAUACACACUCAACAAAGAAAGGUUAUUUUGACAAAUCAAUAAAAAAAAUAACUAAAAGACUGCAAGCAUCAUGACAUGAGACAGAACUUGGUAGAAACAGUGUAGACCAUAUCAAAUAAAAAUCUAAAAGAUCAAUGAAUGAGCUCAGUUACAUGUGUUGCUCUGCUGUUUUUCCCUCAGGGUCUUACAUUCUCUGACAUAUUUUGCUGCUUCUAUUUCAAUGUCAGCUUUUUCCCUAAGUAAAUAUUGAGUUUUGCUUUGGUCUGUGAGCAUGUCACAUUCAUGGUGAAUGUAUUUUCUUUUGGUAUAAAGCUCCUUCUGUCUUUGUACAGGCUGGAGUGUAGCAGGAUGUGUUGCUCUGUCUACAGUAACUGCCAUUCAGCUCUCUCUCUCUCUUUAAAUCUUUCACUGUUUCGCUCUCUGUCUCACUUUGUUUCUGUUUGGCCUCUUUUCCCCGUCUCUCCAGUGGGAUGUGUUUGCCCCCCCCUUCAUGUUCAGAUAACACAGCAUACUGUAGCAUUUCAUAAGAUUCCCCUCCUCCUCUCUCUCCAUCACUUUCCUCCCUCCCUCGCUGUAAACACAGGCACUGGCAGAUUAUUUUGCUUUUAUUCUCUGGCCUCUAACCCUCUCCACUACAUACAUCUGACCCCAGUGUUUCCCUUAAAGACGUACACCACUGAUUUUACUCAUCCACUUUCAUUUACUGGACUCUUAAACCUGUAAGUAAAAAUAAAGAAAAAGGUUGUAAAGUCCUCUGUGGCACUGAAGGAACUUUGUCCAAUCUGAGAAAAUGUUGAAAUGCUGAAAGAUGAUGUCAUGAACAUCCUCAAUAGUAUUCGUUUCUGUUGUUUUUAAUUUUGCUUGUUUUCCUACUGGUAUGUAUGUUACUGCUCCGGUUCCAGCGGGGUCAGUGCCCAGUGUCCACUUCUGUAGGAAAAUACAUGUAUUUGAUCCUUUAUGGCACAUUAUAAAAGUAUUUUAUCGUGUUUAUGUAAAGUGUGUAUAUCCCUGCAAAAAUCCCAAUUAAAAAAGGUGUUUAAAAAAAA